AUGUCAUCUGCUAAUCUCAUGUCUCGCACUCCCUCGACGACCACGCCGACCUGGCAUCAGUUCGAGCGGAAGGUCGACGAGGUGAAACCAUCCAAGACUGAUAUCAAUUACCUCGUCAUGGACUACCUCAUCACCAAUGGAUACCCAGCCGCUGCAAAGAAGUUUGCAGCUGAGGCGAACAUCCAGCGGAAGCCAGAUCUUGAAUACAUCCAGGAACGAGUGGAAAUUCGGACCGCUAUUCACUCGGGGAAUAUUCAGGUCGCGAUUGAAAAGAUCAAUGAGCUUAAUCCUCAGAUCCUUGACAGAGAACCUCCUCUACAUUUCGCUCUGCUGCGCCUGCAGUUGGUAGAACUAAUCCGAACCUGCACCUCUACUCCGAAUGGUGAUAUCAGUCCCGCCUUGGAUUUCGCGACCUCACAGCUGGCGCCCCGUGCGACAACUCGGCCUGACUUUCUAGAGGACCUGGAACGCACUCUGGCGCUCUUGAUAUUUCCCAGCGACAAAUUGUCACCCUCUCUCGUCUCCCUACUAGAUCCCAGUCUUCGUAAAGAGAUCGCCACACGCGUGAACGAGGCCAUUCUUCAUGACCAAGGCGCUGAAAAAGAGGCCCGUCUACGCAGAUUGGUGAAACUCCGUGCGUUUGCUGAGGCGAAGGCCCGCGCUGCCAAGAAGGAUAUCCCCGACAAUUUGGAUAUCGGCCUUGUCAGCGAUACUCAUGAUAACAACCGCAGCAGUAACAGUAGCGACCUCGAUCGCGCUGCCCAGAAUGGUGGCGCUGAUACUAUAAUGGCCAACAAUGGCGAUGCCUCCAUGGUCUCAUAA